UUCGUGCUUGAUCGUCGUAAUGGUGGAAGCGCUGCCGGGCUUCCGAGGGCCGAGGAGCGGUGGUCUCCGUCGACGACGACGACGACGACAACUACGAACCGCCUCUUAUCAAUACCCGGAGAAUAGGCAACAGCGCUCACAUUCGCGGUGUCGCUGCGUCGUCGUGUGUUCGUUCCUAUAUUCAGCGUACAACUUCGACCGAAAUGACCUCGCACACAAUUCAAGAAUUAAUUCUGACAGUUGUUGUUGUGCCGUUGUUCCGUAACAGUGUCUAGUGGUUAGUGGUGGUUUAUUGUGCACGUUGUGGUGAAGUGACGACACUUAUUGGUGUUGGUCAUGGACAAAAAUAACAUUUAAGGUGGAUGAUGGCCGAUCAGCAACAACGCGAGGCACCCGAGCGAGAGCUCGAACAGCAAAUAUUGCAAAUGAAGAAGCAACACCAGCUCCAGCAUCAGAUCCUGCUGCAGCAGUUCCACCAGCAGCAGCAGCAUCUUGUCGAACAGCACGAGCAGCAACUCAGACAGUAUCUCAAAGAGUACUGGGACAAGCAGAAGCAUCUCCAGGAGAUGAGGCAGCGGGAGCAGCUGGAGGCCCUUCGUAAGAAGGAAAAGCACGAAGAAAGUGCGGUGGCCUCCACAGAGGUCAAACAAAAACUACAGGUGUUUCUCAAACAACGCGCCUCCGGCUGCUCCAAAGCGGCCAGGACCGACAAUUCCUGCUGGUCAGAGGGAAUGGACACUGGAUCUGAAUCAGCAACGAGCAACGACUUUCCUUUACGAAAGACAGCAUCCGAGCCCAACCUUCUGAAGGUGCGGCUGAAGCAGCGCGUGAUGGAGCGUCGUUGCAGCCCGAUGAGCAAGCGCCACCUGCCGCCGUCCCUGAAAAAGAAGCUCCUGAGCACGUGUCUGCCGCCCAGCGAGUCGCCGCCUCAAGAGCCGCCCAAGGAGCUGAGCCCGCCGUGCGAGGCGGAGGAGUACCAGCGACACGCGCUCUUCAGCAGCCCCUCGAUGCCCAACAUCUCGCUGGCUACGCACCACACCGUCAAAAUGCAUGUGUUGUCACCUCCAGACCUAAGCGAGGCCGCGGUUAGGGCUGCCUGCACCGCCCGCCUGGGCAUGCCCCUGACAGGGGCCAUGCUGCCAGGCACCCUACCCUUCUACCCCUCGCUGCCCGCCAUUGAGAGUGAGCACGAAGAGCAGCCGCUGGACACCAUCAGCGAGCUGCAGGAGCCUCAGCAGUGCCGAGGCGUGAUUCGACCCCUGGGCAGGACGCAGUCUUCGCCCCUGCCACUUGGUCAUCCCCUGCUGGAGGGCCAGCCUGUCCCCGUGCCGCCGCAACCGCCUCAACCGCCGCCUCCCGAGGAGCAGGAACAAAGAGAUCUUGAACUGAGGGCCAAUGAGUCCAGAAGUAUACGACCGCUGUCACGCGCCCUUAGCAGCCCAGUGGUUCAUUUGGGCGCCCCCGACGGAGUGACGCUCUCUAGACGGCGGGCGUCUUCGACGCCCACGACUGGCCUCGCCUACGACAACCAAAUGCUCAAACAUGCCUGCGUGUGCGGCAACAAUUCCCUUCAUCCCGAACACGCCGGUCGUCUUCAAAGCAUCUGGUCGCGUCUUCUGGAAACCGGCUUAGUGUCCAGGUGCGACCGGCUUCGGCCUAGAAAGGCCACCACCAUGGAACUGCAGACAUGCCAUUCGGAAACGCACGCCCUUCUCUACGGCACCAGCUCUUUAAACCGGCACAAGAUGGAAUUAAGCAAGCUGAAUGCAUUGCCGGUUACGGCAUUUGUUAGAUUACAUUGUGGCGGAAUAGGAGUGGACACCGACACAACGUGGAACGAGAUUUACACCGCCCCGGCUGCCCGUAUGGCGGUAGGAUGUACCGUCGAUCUCGCCGUAAGGACCUGGACGGGCGACAUCCGAAACGGCUUCGCCAUCGUCCGACCUCCGGGUCACCAUGCGGAGGCGCAGCAGGCGAUGGGCUUCUGUUACUUUAAUUCCGUCGCAAUCGCCGCCAGGAUCCUGCAAAGGGAUUAUCGGGUUCACAAAAUCCUGAUAUUUGAUUGGGACGUUCACCAUGGAAACGGUACGCAGGAGAUAUUCUACGAUGAUCCCCGCGUGCUGGUAAUCUCGAUGCAUCGCCAUGACGAUGGCAACUUCUUUCCGGGCACAGGAAGCACGGGCGAGUGCGGCGCUGGCGCUGGACUCGGCUACAACGUGAACAUCGCCUGGUCCGGGGGAUUGAAUCCGCCGCUUGGUGAUGCCGAAUACUUGGCCGCCUUCCGCAGCGUAAUCAUGCCGAUCGCGAGGGAGUUCGGCCCCGAUAUAGUAUUAAUAUCGGCGGGAUUCGACGCUACGGAUGGGCAUUCGCCGCCGCUGGGUGGAUACCGGGUGUCACCGGCCUGUUUUGGCUACAUGACCCGUCAGAUGAUGCAACUGGCCCGUGGUCGUGUGGUUUUGGCAUUGGAGGGAGGCUACGAUUUGCCGUCGAUUUGUGAUUCAGCCGAAGAGUGCGUGCGGGUGCUUCUGGGCGACCAGCCGUCCCCGUUGUCGCCGGUAGAGUUGGGCAGGGUGGCCUGCGGCAACGCGGUGCUCGCCCUGCAGAAGGUGAUAGCGGCCCAGGCGCCGCACUGGCAGUGCUUGCAGGACGCCAACAAGUCCGCCGUAUGUUCGUUCAACGACGCCAUCAGAAACGAAAAGGAAGACAAGGACACGGUUUCGGCGAUGGCCAGCCUGUCCAUGCAGCACCAGCAAACGCCCAACAUGCUGUCGUCGCCGCCGAUUUUCCAGCAGGACGCAGGCCGUCCUAUGACAUGAAAUCGACGAACGAACGGACAAAUAAACUUUUGAUGAUAGACAGACAGACUGACACGCUAUGUUCUGUUCUGCGUUGUUCUGGCUGCCUGUCUGCAAUUUCUCUAUUAUUCGAACAUUCCUGCUGUCGCUCACAGAGACCGACCGCCUCUUAUUCAAUAAGAUCAAAUUAUCGUGUGUUUUAUUUUUGUUAAUAUAUUGAAAGUUUUUAAUAAAAACAUUUAUUUACUUUAUGUCAACAAUUUUAUUAAAUCCCCAUUGUUAUAAAAAUAUAUUAUUGAAUAAAUGAAAUGUUUAUUGU